GCCUUCGCUGUGAUGCGAUAGACUAGACCUCGAUCAGACAUAAGCUAUAGUCAAAAUGUAUCGGUUCGGGUUAAUUCUCUUGAUCUGCUCUCUGCAAUAUUUCGCAUACGGCGGAGUUAUUGCUGACAAUGAGAUGAGCAUUAAAGUCAAUGACGAUUUAAAAGAAGAUAUCAUGAACUACGACUUUGAUCUAGACGAUUUGGGGGCCAUUUGGGAACCAGAACUUCGAUUACGUGUGCUUCUGGAGCGAAGGCGCCAAGAGGGUUUGGCUGUGGUUCGCAUGCAAUUGCUGCAAUUGAAUUUGAUGAAAAUAUUGAUUAUUAUGGAUGUCAUCAUAUUAAUAGGUGUCUUCUAUUGUGCCAGAGAUAAUUAGAUCUACAUAGAUUGUCAAGCAAAUUCAGUUUGAUUAAUUUACGCAAGUCAUGAACAAUAUAAUAAGUUUAAUUAAAUGGUAACAAUAUAAUA